UUUUUCGUAAAUGUAUCGAUAUACACCUUAUUUCAGAUAAAAUGACAUGCCAUUGAUAUCAGAUCGAAAAUGGUACAAUACAGCGUGUAGCGACUGCUGGAAGCUGCAAUAACUCGACAAAGCUUAUAUAAAUUCGUGUAAAAUGAGCAUAGAAAAAAUUUUGUAUUACCUGACGAAUUAAAAAAUUCAAUUUGCUACCAUAGUGUACUAAUGCAUAUCAAGUCGAUCACCUUGCAAGGUUUUCUUAACUAUAAAGAUGUCACAACGGUGGCAUUCAAUCCACACUUUAAUGUUAUUGUGGGACCUAAUGGUGCUGGAAAAAGUACAUUGUUAUUGGCUAUUCGUUUCGCUAUGGGGUUUGAAGAAGCUUCAGAACGAUUUUUAUGGCUUCAUCAUGGAGCCAAUUCUCGUUCACUUAUUGGUUAUGUCAGCUUAACACUUGACAAUAAUGAUAAUCGAAUUUCAGUGUUAGAUACUGGUGAUGUCGUCAUCCGGAGGGAUUUCAGCUGUGAAAAAGAUGAAAUUACAUUAAACGGGAAACUGACAACCCGGCAUGAACUUUUGGGCCUUCUGGAAGUGGCUGGCUUUUCUCGGUUCAAUCCCUACUAUUUCGUACAUCAACACGAAGUAUCUGAGCUUGUUCGUAUGAAUAACUGUAAACGCCUUAUGACUUUAAAGGAAUGUGCGGGAACACGUGUUUACGAUGCGCGUCGUUCGGAAGCCAUUCGUAGUUUAGAGGAAACCAAAUCAAAACGCGAUACAAUUGACUCCAUGUUGAGUAUGAUUAGUUGUCGCAUUCAGGAUUUAAAGAGUGAGCAACAUGAAUUUGAAGAAUGUCUUCAGCUAGAAACUGAGAAAUCCUGCUUAACAACGGCCAUUGCAAAAAAAGAGUUGUUACUGGUUACGGAAAAUUUAAAAGAGCUCAAGGAGAAAAAUUCUAUGUGUGAGAGUCAAGCACAAGAUGUGCAGAAACAAAUGGAGCAGAUAUAUCAAGCGGCCGAAAAGGACAAAUUUUUAAAAAACAAAGAGGAGCAGAAAUUACAGGAAUUUGAAAAGUCUUUAACAUGUUUGAAAGAGAAAUUAGAAAAGACUUUACAAGAAGAAUCGCGUCAAUCUUUGAAAAAGUUUGAAUUCAAAAAACAAAAGGAGUCGUUGGAGUCUUUAUUUGAAAGCUCGCAAAGUAAAAUUCAAAAUUUUCUUACAAAAAAUCAAAAAGAAGAAGAAUCGUUACGCGCGAUUGAAGAAAAGAAAAACCAAUGUGCUCUUGAUCAUCAAAAGCUUGAAGAGAAAAUAGCCUCUAUGCAAGAAAAUUAUCCAGGACUUGACAACACCGAGGAUGAGGAGACUACGCUUCAGGACAAUGGAAGAGAAAAAAUAUGCCAGCUUAAUCGAGAUAUACAAGAGACCCAAGUUUUACUAACAAAAACUGAACAACAAAAGAAAAAAGUUGAUGAAGAAUUACGGAAAGCAACAAACCAAUUGCUUGAGUGUCGAGAAAAAAUUAAGGAAAACGAAACCCAGUCAUCUCAUGGUGUAAAGUCAAAUCACUUUAUUUUUCAAGGGGAACAAAUGGAUUUGGAAAAAGCUGCAGCAUUGGAGAAGAAACUUUUACAAGAGUACAACAACAUUAUGGAACAAUUGGGUCAUUGCGAUAUGGAAAUUUCAGUGGAUCAACGAAAUUUUUAUCGCGCGCUACCGCACAAUGAACUUGCUGGAUAUUUGGAAAGCGUUAAAUUUGCCAAAAGUCGAAAUUGGAUAGAGGAAAACGUUUUUUAUGGCAUCCUACUUGACAAGGUGGUUGUUGAACCACAAUACUUUAAAGCGGUGGAGACAGUUGCAGGAUCCCAAUUAUAUAACAUUUUAGUAAAAGAUCAAUCGUAUGCUACGCAGUUAGCCAAGCAUCUGAAAUCCAUCAAACAAGGAGUUGCUGUAAUAACACCCGUACGUGAUAUUCAAAGGCGUUUUCGAGAACCCAUUGUAGAAAUCAGAAAACUAGGAUUGUGUAGUACAAACGAUGUUGUUCCUUUGCUUUGUGUUAUGUCUGUUGAAGAGCAAGUUGCCCCUGCCUUAACUCAAGUAUUUGGAGGUUAUCUUUUGUUGAAAAAUUUCGACCUUCAAUUGGUUCAAACAUUAGCAUCUAAAGGGUAUAAUUGUGUUACAAUGGAGGGUGACUUGAUCAGUAGUAAAGGAACACUCAAAGGGGGUUUCCGUUCAAACAUAUCUCGAUUGCAUUUAAAAGAACUCGUGAAGAAAAAACAAAAAGUUUAUGAAGAUUUAAAAGAUAAACAACGUGAAACGAAAGAUCGUCUUGAUGAAUUGCGUGAAGCUCAAACGAUUUUUAUGAUUGAACAAGCCUCAUUUAAUUCAGUCGAGUCUGUUACUCAAAAAAAACAUUCUCUUGUUAACACGGUUUUAACAUUAGAAAGAGCUAUACAGAGCUACCGUGAAAAUCAACACAUAUUCAACACAGCAUUAACGCAACUCCAGUUCCAACUGGAUACGUUGCAAUGUGAAGCAUUACGCUUGCAAAAAAAGAAAACGGGUGAAGAAAGCAACAAGUCACGACUUACGAUUCUUGAGAAAGAAAGAGUGAAGAAACAGUUCAACGAUUUAACUAGGCAAAAAAUAGCACUAGAACAAGAAUCUAAGACAUUAGAAGAAGACUUUAAUUUGAAUCAUCAAAAACAGCGACUCUAUAUUGAGUCUUGCUUAGCGUGGGAGAAAGAGAACGGAGAACAGUUAUUGAAGGAGAUCGAUAAAACUGUCAAAGCACUUAACGAGAUGCAAGUUUCAUUCCAAUUACUGGAAAAGGAGAAGAAUCACUUAGAACAACAAAUUCGCCACGUAGAAGAGUGUCAUGCUUUAUGUAAAGAAACAUUGAAAACCCUUGCGGACCAAGAAGAAAAUGUAAUAAGGACACUUGAAACAUUACAAGAAGAAUGUUCUCAAAUUAAUUUUGAAAAAAAUUCUGUACAAGAUAAAAUGAAUGCAUUUCAAAUUAAACAAGCUAUUCUAGAAACACGACAACGUGCAGGAAUAGGCUUCGAUAGCCAAAUCGCUGAAUUGAUGGAGUUGGAUGAGAGUCAACUUGCAUUACGUUUAUCAACUAUUGUUGAGAAGUUAAGCCGCUUCACCUAUGUGAACCGUCGGGCUAGUGAUCACUGUACUAGUAUUAUUCAAGAGCAAAGUGCUCUAUUAAAAAGUAGAGAGACGUUAUAUAGUGCAGAAGACGGAAUUAAUCGGUUAAUAGAGAAUUUGGAUCAACAAAAAGACUUUACUUUAUUAAAAACCUUUGAAAAUGUUAACACACAAUUUUAUCAGGUGUUUCGAGAGCUUGUUCCUGGUGGUCGGGGUAAGUUAGUUCUUAAAAAAAUACCCAAAACCGGUGAAGCCAAUAAAACCAUGGAAACGGAAUAUGAUCCUUAUAAUCAGAACGAAUCAAAUUCACAAGCUACCAUGACACUCACUGAAGAUAUCAUCACAGGCCUUGAUAUUAAAGUACGAUUUCCUUCUUCGCGUAAUUAUGUAUCUUUGCAUCAACUAUCUGGAGGACAAAAGUCAACUGUAGCGUUAGCUUUAAUUUUUGCACUACAAAGAGUUGAGGCAGCUCCAUUUUAUGUGCUUGAUGAAGUGGAUGCGAGUCUUGAUGCUCAUUAUCGAGGUGCAGUAGCGCAGUUAAUGAAGCAACAAGCAGAACAACAUCAGAUGAUCGUUAUUUCUCAUAAAAAAGCUAUGAUACAAGCCGCCCAUUGGUUUAUUAAAACGGAAAUUGUGGGAGGAACCAUUCAAGUCACACCUACCACAAUGGAAGAUGCCUUAGCACUAGCACAGUUUUCUAACGACCCCAUCAAUAACUCAUCCCAGCAAUUGUUACCAAUGGAACCUGCAUCAACUGCUCCUCCUAAAGUGUUAUGUGAAGAGUGUUGAUAAUGUCUAUUUAAAAGUAGACAUUGGUAGCCCACUUUAAAAACGAAACAUUUUUUAUAUUAGAAGAAAAACAAAAACAAUAGUCAAGUUUGUAAUAACAAUGAAAAACGUUAAACAAAAAUUUAUUGGACUCUAUUAAA